CCAAAUCUCGCACGUCCUCCGACACAUUUCCUCUCCACUCCAAAUUCUGAGCUACUUGUCUGAGGGAUUUUUUUCUUGUUACAGAGUAUUUUCUCUUCUGCUUGUGUUGUAAUAUUUGUUGUAAACAAUCAAAAACAAAAUAAAGGGUUGCGUUUCUCUCUCUCUCUCUCUCACUUUGAGAGCUUUUUGUGACAUUGAAAUAGAUGCGUAAUUGUUGUAGGGGGAGUCGGGAAAAUAAUGCGUUCGUCAAUUAGUGUUUUUUAUGAAGCAAGUGAAUUUUUACAUUUUAUUGGUACCAGAUUUUUAUAUUAUUAUACAUAUUCGACACUUACUACUGAAGAACAUUCGACUGUUAUUGCUAAUUUAUUUUGUCAUUACAUUAUGACACUUGUUAGUAUGUACAUAAGAACUUCAUAGGACCAUUCUUUCGAAUUCGGCCGAAAAUUGUUAGAAAGUUGGCAGAAAAAAUUAGAAAUGCGCACGAUUUUACUUCCGAGUUCUGUCCGACAUCUCUAAUUUGUCUUCCGAAUUGCCCACGGAUACACUUGCGAAUUAGGUUCGAGUACGGUUGGAAUGUCGGCUAAAUCUUCAGACUUUCAUCUGACCCUUCGGUCUGACCACACGUCAACCACUUCAUAUAUCUUUCGGUCAAAAGUCGGCAUCCGAAAUCGGAAGUUUCAUCCUACUUUUGGUUCGAAGUCGGACCAAACUCGGACAGUUUGGUUUGCUGCAUUACGACAUGGAACAAUAAAAAACACACACUACCACGAAUGCAGCAUCCAGCUAAACAAAUAUUUGGCAUUGAAUACAACAACAUGCCCCAAAGGAACAACAUGUGGCGGUUGACUUUCAGUUGAUGGUAAGAACGUUGUAGGGUAACACAUGCUAUCAUGGGCAUAUCUAUUGGCAGUCACAUUUUUCUCAUACUCCUUCUCUGUGGCUCCAUUGGAGGAGACAACUUCCUUGGAAAUUCAACAUCCAGUCACUCGGAGGCUGUUAUGGCCAAGAGACAAAAACGUUUCUUGGCGUUUGAGAAGGGGUCCUCUUUUACCUUACAGGGUAACACCGCCAAAUCCAUUAUAUCCGGCACGCCCAGAGGACUCAAUGAAAUUUUCGAAUACACGUUGGUGUAUGAUCUGCCGACGGGCUUAGAUUUAUUUAAGCACGAAUAUGCAGCGGUUAGAACAAGUGUCACUACGACCAGGCCUAUCAUUCCUUGGGAUGCAGCAGAAUCUUGGAGUCCUAUGCGAAAUGGACACAACAAUUCGAAUAGAAAAUAUGAGAAAUGUCCGAGACGGCAGUGGCUUGAGUUCAGGGAUCAGACAUGGCAAAUGUGUUUGAGAAGAACUAAACGUGUCGUUGCAGUACCUCAGCUAACAACGUCACAGAGAAUGUUCUACGACAUUAUCGAGAAAUGGUCCCAGAUCCACGGAUUUUUACCGCGAUAUUGCUUUAUGCGGACCCUAUGCGAAGCAAGACACUUCCUACUACCAUACGGCUGUUCGUUGAUGCACGACAUCAUCCAUGUGUUCAUGAGACACACAACUCCCUGGGCCCGUCACCAUCACACGUUCGGACAAGUUCUCCGGCAGCACCAGACCAUAAACGAAUGUGCAGCCCUUUACGGACCCCACUGUCGCCUAAGUUUGUUGCAGGUUGUUACUAAAUUGGCACAUGGCUCAAAAAUAGCCGGAUUUAUGGUGUAGCUAUGGGAAAGCGAAACGCGUACGCCUUACACGUUCUUGGGAGUGUUUGUGUUCGUUAAGUAAAUAAAUUCUAAGACUCUCUUUAUGUUGUUUGCUUAACCAAAGGUCUAGUGAAAACGUGAACUAUGAGCCGUUCCGACAGUAAUUUGACUUGAAGCUCAAGUUUUUUCAGUGUUUUUAUUUAUUUGCUCCUUCCGUUUUGUAUUACCUGUUGCUGCUAGAUUUCAAUAAAUGUUGUCCGCUUGAAUCUCAUACUACAGUACGUUUUGCACUUUUCGUAUCCUUACGCUACACACCUACAACGACCAACCUUCUACAUUGAAAACUCUGGCAUAGCAUUCAGAACUUUAGAAACCGUUUUCAUUAGAGUUUCAGAAAAUUUGUAUGCAUUUAUGCCAUGCUUCUUAUGUUAUGCCACAGAUUGUAGCUCCG